UGUGCAAAGUUCAACCCAUUAAUCCAUUGUCCGCUGCCGCCAUUACUUUACUCUGGGUAUCAUCUUAUCUGCAAAAACCCCCCGAUCCUAGGGUUUUGCCAAUACCCAACCCCUCUCUUCUUCAAUUGUUUUUCCUUGGCUUCAUUUUUAUCACAAAAUGGAACCACCACCGACCCCAAUGGCCUUCUCACCCCCACAGGGCAAAGACGCAGCCAGCCAGAAGAGAAAGCUGCCUACCCCACAAGAACUCGUAUCCCACUAUGAGUCCCAAGGGCUCGACUCCCAAGAAGCCUCUACCAAGGUCAUAGAGGACCUCCAGAACGCUCUCUACAGGGUCAUCUCCUCUGGGAGAGGCAGAAAGGACAAGUUAAUGGCCGAUACCUCGAGAAAGGUUGAUGCCGCAAACAGCAGGCUUGCAGUUCUUGACAUGAAGGUUGAUUCAAAGCCUGGGUAUGGGGAGGCUUUCGCCAUUGGGGUUGCUUCUGGUCUGACUUUGCAGGGAAUUGGGAGUGUCAUGCCUCAUAUUCUUGGGGGGCUUGGCCAGAUUUGGGGUUCUGUUAGGAGUGCUACCAAGUCUUCUCCUUGAACGAGCGAAAAUUUUUGUUACUGUGCUUUUCUUCAGUCUGUUUAUUGGGCUUUCAUUCUUCCCUGAAUAUCUUCAUGAUUAUGUUUGGACUUCUGUUGAAUACUGGAGUUUGUAUGGGGAGUGAACUUCUUUUGCGGA